CAAAGCCUGCCCCCGGGUGACGGGCUGUUUGUCAGAGGGGAGCUGGCAGGAGGUGCAGGGCCACUUGGAAUAAAGCAUUUCAACGUUUUCUGAGUUAGUCGUGCUUUAGCGUGCCCUGGACAGUUUAAUGUCGUGAUGCGCAAACGGGAUCUGGUUGUCAGUCAUACGGUGGUGCUUGGUGCUCGGCUGUUUGGAGUUGAUGGUAAUGUGCACAGCACCAAAGAAGACAGGCUGUGUUCUGCUUCAGAUUCGGCAGCCUGCGGAUGUAAAUACUAAUUGAACUUGAAAUGUAUUUGUAUUCUUAGGGAUGUGAGGAAAUUUUUCCUUAUAUUUCACCAGAGAGUAGUAAGCAUUUGUAGCAUCAACAGGCAGAGGCUUUAGGACAGGAAGGACGCUACACCUGGUGAUAGAAGGUGCACUUUUGUAUGCAAAGGCCAUCGUGGAAAAAAGAGGCAGAAAGUGAGAGAGCAGUAAGGUAGUGGUUGAAAUCCCUUAACAGAAUGAGUUAUGAUGGGAAGGUGUAGAAAAGCAACGGCAGAAAAACAGGUGCUUAUCUCACCCUUGCUUUUCUGGGGAUUUGAGCCCCCUGUCUCAGAAUAGAAGUGUUGUAAAGCCUGUUGGGGUAUUUUGAGGGUUCUGUGUUUUGCUAGGUGACUACAGUGCUGGAAGGAGUCAGUGCAUUGGUCAACCCUGCCUUGAAGUCAUGUAAUGUUAUGCUUGUAACUUCUGUGAUCUGAUGUUAUGCAAGCAGUGCUAGAGGAAGAUACCUGAAAAGUAUUGAUCAGAGUUUGAAAUAAUCAGAAAAUAUGGCCUCUGGUUUCACCCUGCGUAUGUCUGUGGCUCAAAAUUACUUGUAAUAUUAAUUUUGCUAUUUGCAAAGAUGGUAAAAUAUUACAGGCUGGAAAUAUUUCAAGGUGUGCUGUCCAAAUAAUGCAAUCAAUCUCCUAAAAUCUGCCUACAGAAGAACGAAUUUAUAUGCUAGUUCUUAAUUCUAUUCAUUCUACUUUCCACAGUUUUAGCCACAAAGGGAACACUGCAAUUGGAGACAACCUAGUCCUGGUUAACUGUGAAUUAUUAAGGACAAAAAAGACAAACAGGAGUUAACAUGCUCGCUUUUAUAUAUUUCUGCUCACAUUUGUUUAACUGCUUGUCAGAUCAUGCUUUAAGUCUUGUAAAAGUGACUCAGAUUUUUAACUUAAAGAAGCAUCGCCAAGAAUCUUAAACAAUUGGGAACGCACUAGUUUAUCUUCUUUCCAGAAAGGUCUGGAAAGUAUGUCCUCAACAGCAGCAUAUGUAGUCAUAAAUUACAAUAGAAAUUAUAAAGCACUUUACUGAAGCAAAGCGACAUUUGAAUUUGUUGUUAUUUUAAGUUGUCCCUUAAUGUUGUAAGUAACCCCUUGAUACUUUAUGUUAUAGAAGCCGCAUUGAACUGGAAGAUUACCUGUUCUUACUGUUUUAUGACUUUUUCCUUUUCUUGACUGUCCUGUUGUGUGUGCAUACUUCUGGAUGAGUUGAAAAUUAUGAGGAAAUACCUAAAAUUGUGCCUUCUAAAGGUUUUGAAGCUUUUUAAAUUGUUGCACAGAACCCGACAAGAGGUUUUUAAAAAUGAUACCAGAGCCUUAGAAGCUGCAAGACAAAAGAUAAACGAAGAAUUCAAAAAUAACCGAAAUGAGACAUCUGCAGCGAAAAUAAAUGAGCUUAUGAAAAUAGCUUCAGAUGUGGAAGUGAUUCUCAGAACUUCUGUUAUUCAGGCAGUUCACACAGAUACUGACAAAAUACUGCUUGUACCGAGGAAAGAUCUGCUACAAGACAACACUCCUUACUUUGAUAAACCAACAAAAAAGCAUCAGUCCUGAGGAAAAUAUGCCCUUCUCCCCCAAAGGUUAAUAUCCUGUAAUGAGAUCUCUGAAAACCAGUAGCAGAUACCUGUCUUAAAAACUAAAUUUGGAAAAUAGUAAAUACUGUUAACAGGAAAACAGAGAUGAAAACCAAAACACCUUUUCUGUGCAUUAUGAUACCAUCAUGCAGUUCUGCAGGAUACUUCUCUUGUCUGGAAGAUAUUAAUAUUUCCAUAGAAACUUAAGACACAUACUGUUUUCCUAAAAAUAUACUUCUGAACUGUGUUACUUCCGCCAACAAUGGAUGUUGUCAAUUAUGACAGUUCUCAUACAGAUUGCUCCGUGGCAAUUCAGUGGUUUCACAAAACUAAAUGCAGUUCUUAGUCCUGACAAUAUAUGUUUGCAGGUUUGUCAUCAAUGAUAUGCUGCUUUGAAAUAAUGACAAAACAUCUUGUGGUUUACCAUUAAAUUUAUGCUUUGUAGCAAAAGCAUGAUUUCUGAACUGUACACUAAUAUACUGUGAUGUUUUAAAGAGUUCUUUAAGGUUAAUCUGAAUAAAUUAUUCAGAUUUUGCAGA